GCCUUAUCUUCUUCCGCAACUUUCUCAUUUUCUUUUCCUUUGUCCUUUUUUUCUCUCCCCUCUCAUUACAAAAUACAAAUGGUCUAAAAGAACAAAUAACAAAAGGGGCGCAUCUGAGUAUAAAUGGACGGCCACGAACAGCUCACAGUCAGGAUGAAUUAGAACAAACCACAAGUCACGAAGUCUCAGAGAGCUUCAAUUCGUCUGCCUCGGAAAGCAGCUUCAGGUUCCAUCCUCUCCAUUAUUUCCCAAUGGCUUCACUUCACAUACGAAUCUUUCCUCCUCGAAUUUAGUCAUAAUUUUGGUUUCAUUUUUGCGACCUUCACCCCUCUCCUCACUCAGUAGGGCACCCCUGAUUUACCAACAACAAUGUCAGACCUUGAGGCUCCCCUUCGUCCCAAGAGAAAGAGGGGUUGGGUGGACUUCCUAGUGCAGUUCAGAUGGAUCAUCGUUAUCUUUGUUGUCCUCCCAGUCUCCUGCCUCUACUACUUUGCCAUAUAUCUUGGUGACGUGAAGUCCAACUGCAAGUCCUUUAAGCGUCGCCAGAAGGAACAUGAUGACAAUGUCAAGAAAGUUGUGAAGCGUCUGAAAGAAAGGGACGCAUCCAAGGAUGGUCUUGUCUGCACUGCCCGAAAACCGUGGGUGGCCGUCGGGAUGCGGAAUGUGGACUACAAGCGGGCCCGCCACUAUGAGGUUGACCUCUCUGCGUUCCGGAACAUUUUAGAUAUCGACACUGAAAAGAUGGUCGCCAAGGUCGAGCCACUAGUCAACAUGGGUCAAAUAAGUCGGGCCACCGUCCCAUUGAACGUAUCGCUCGCUGUUGUGGCUGAGCUGGACGACUUGACGGUUGGUGGCCUGAUCAAUGGCUACGGCAUUGAAGGUAGCUCACACUUGUACGGUCUGUUUUCGGAUACGGUUGUGGCAUAUGAGAUCAUACUAGCGGAUGGAGAGGUAGUUCGGGCUACCAAAGACAAUGAGUAUUCGGACCUCUUCUAUGGGGUUCCUUGGUCUCAGGGCACUCUUGGACUUCUUGUUUCUGCAGAGAUUAAGCUAAUACCGAUUAAGGAAUACAUGAAAGUCACUUACACACCCGUGGUUGGUAAUCUAAGAGAGAUCGCACAGGCUUACAUAGACUCAUUUGCACCAAGAGAUGGAGAUCAAGACAACCCAGAUAAAGUUCCCGACUUUGUGGAAACCAUGAUCUACACUCCUACAGAAGCUGUUUGCAUGACAGGUAGAUAUGCGUCUAAAGAAGAGGCAAAAAGGAAGGGGAAUAAGAUCAACAAUGUCGGGUGGUGGUUCAAGACGUGGUUUUACCAACACGCCCAAACAGCACUUAAGAAAGGGGAGUUUGUGGAGUACAUACCGACAAGGCAAUACUACCAUAGGCACACAAGGUGUCUGUAUUGGGAAGGCAAACUUAUCCUUCCGUUUGCUGACCAGUGGUGGUUUAGGUUUCUGCUUGGGUGGUUGAUGCCGCCUAAAGUGUCUCUACUCAAGGCUACUCAAGGUGAGGCCAUUAGGAACUAUUACCAUGACAAUCAUGUCAUUCAGGACUUGCUUGUUCCUCUCUACAAGGUUGGAGAUGCUCUCGAGUGGGUUCACCGUGAGAUGGAUGUAUACCCCAUCUGGCUUUGCCCACACAGACUUUACAGGCUUCCCUUGAAAACCAUGAUAUAUCCGGAACCAGGAUUUGAGCUGCACAAAAGGCAGGGUGACACGGAGUACGCUCAAAUGUACACUGAUAUUGGAGUGUACUAUGCACCUGGCCCUGUCCUUAGGGGUGAAGUAUUUGAUGGUUCAUUGGCAGUGCGUCGUUUAGAGGAUUGGUUGAUUGAAAACCACGGGUUCCAACCACAAUAUGCGGUGUCUGAGUUGUCGGAGAAGAGCUUCUGGAGGAUGUUUGAUGCUGGGCUGUAUGAGCACUGCAGGCGCAAGUAUAAAGCCAUAGGCACCUUCAUGAGUGUGUACUACAAGUCGAAGAAGGGAAGGAAGACGGAAAAGGAAGUGCAGGAGGCUGAACAGGAGAACCCCGAAGUCGAGACCCCUGAUGUUAACUGAUUAAUUAGCCAGGCUAUUGGAGUUUGGUGUUGGUUCUUGGAUUUAUGGCCAUUUGUGGUUUCUGUAGUUUCUAUUUGUUUGGCAUUAGUACUCCUAUUUUCUUUUCGGGCAUGUGUGAGUGAUGUGGGUGGCUUUUCAAUUUCCAUUAGAGGCCAGAAUGCCAGAUUGGACUAAUUCAUGUUUCUAAAAUUUGGUACAUUUUUUUUUAUGUUCCCUUCAUUUUAUUUUAUUUACAUAGUAAACAAAUGGACCCUGGUUGGAACCAGCACAUAUCUUUGUAGGAGGCCAAACCAGUUUUCUGGUCUCGGACAUGGAACCAGGCUAAGCUGGUUAUGGACUUGUGGUCUUUUAAUAAGCAAAUGAGCCAGAACUGGAUUGGAAUUGACCUGAGGUUGAGUGUGAAAGACGUAUUGAAGACAGAAGUGUGUUUAGCCUUUUUAUGACUGAAUGAGAUUUAAAAUUUGAGAACAA